GGUGCAACACUGCUCAUGUCUUUUAGAAAUUGCAGAUCAAGUGCCUCACUACUUAGCAGUACAGAUUGCGUAUCCCCGAAGCAAAGAAGAUGGCCAGAAGAUAUAGCUUGGCACCCUCUCGGAAAUAGCCUAUUUUCUGCCUAUAGUGCUGAUGGUGGGGAUUCUCAGAUCUCAAUCCUGGAUCUCAACACGUCACAGGAAAGAAAAAGAGUCAAGUUCUUAGAAGAGAAGCCUCAUCUCAAAGGCAUUAUCAACAGUAUAGUUUUCAUGCCCUGGGUUGAUACCUGUUUCACCACGGGAGGGAGUGAUCAUGCUGUGAUACUGUGGAGUGAGAAAGAUGGUGAACAGUUAUGGAAACCAAAGGUGUUACACAGGAGUCUUCAUUCUUCCGCUGUCAUGGGUGUUGCUGGUAUGCAGCAAAAGCAGAUUGUUUUGUCUGCAGGUGCAGACAAAAGAAUUAUUGGAUAUGAUUUGCUGGGUGGACGAGCUGAUUUCAAGCACCAAAUAGAAAGUAAAUGCAUGGGUGUGCUGCAUAAUCCAACUGACUUCAACCUUUACAUGGUGCAGACAGGGGCUCCUGAGAAGCAGCUACGAUUGUUUGAUAUUAGGUUGAGGCAGACUGAGAUCCAUGCAUUUGGAUGGAAGCAAGAGAGCAGUGAAUCUCAAUCAGCACUUAUAAAUCAGGCAUGGUCUCCUGAUGGUUUAUACAUUACUUCUGGCUCUGCAGACCCCAUGAUCCACGUCUUUGAUAUCAGGUAUAAUUCUCACAGACCCUCUCAAUCGGUGAAAGCUCACCAGAAACGAGUUUUUAAAGCUAUAUGGCAUCAUUCUCUCCCACUUCUUAUUUCCAUAUCUUCUGAUCUGCACAUUGGAUUGCAUAAGAUUGUGUAAGUGCUGCAUCUCUUUUCUAUUCCACCCUUUUGUUCCCCAUUUUUUACAUUGAGAUAAUCUGUUUCCCUUUUUCUACCGUGUGUGAACUUCAGAAGGAAACAUUGCUGUUUUUGUUAUUUGAUAGUCCUUAAUAAGUGAUUCUAAAACUCUGGAACAUGGCUUGAUUAGCA